AGCACCUUGACAUUUACAGCUUCAGACCUAAACAGAAUUCACCAGAGAUGUCUGCUCCCGGAGAACUGUCGCUGUCAAAGCUCCUCGCCUCUCUCAAACCCGUGCUCUCGCCUGAAACGUUCGUUUUCGCAACCUUCGCCCACAACACCGCCAUCCCAACAACACUUCCUGUUCAAAUGCUCUUCCGCGAAUCCGAGGGCACAACUUUGAUCACAACGAAAGCUGCAGCCGAUGCAGAGAAGAUUCAGUACACGUUUGCGAGCCGAAUGAUCACGCUAGAUGUACAUUCUAGUCUGGAAGCGGUGGGCUUUGUUGCGGUUGUCACGAACAAGCUGAAAGAGUUAAGCAUUGGUCUCAAUCCUGUGAGCGGGUAUUUUCAUGAUCAUUUCUUUGUGCCUGAGGGGAGGGAAGAGGAGGCUGUGGAAUGUUUGAAGGCGAUUGCGAGGGAGGCACAGAAAGAGCCUAUCUGAUAACUGACGUGUGAAAAUCUGAAGUCUAAACCGUUGUGUCUUCCUGGGCUGCUUGACUCAACUCUCAUGUGUUGACGAUUACGUUGCGCCCUUGUUC